AUGAACGGAAGCAGGUUGCUAGUUCAUACAUACACAUACAUGGAUUGCAACGUCCGUGAGGCGAGCUUCUCACGCAUUCAUAAAUCAAAAGCAAAAAACCCUCAACGCACUACUACUGUCACGGGCGGCAAGCGGCCAUCGCACUUCGAUACUUACUUACACCACUAG